AUGGGUGUUAAUUCAAAGUUGGAACAUAUUUCAUUAUUUUGUGAAAAAUAUCCACAAAUUGCAAAUUGUCUUAUGCUCGUUUAUCUUGAUUUAACUCUGGUUAAAUCAUGGUUCGAAGUUAAUGUUGAAGAGGUUGAACAAUUACAAAGAUGUAUUAUAAAGGGAAAACAAAAUCAAGAAUCAAUGUAUGAAAUAAUUUUACCUUGUUCAUCAGCGGAAGAAUGGUCAAUUGAUCGUUUAGCAUCACCCUCAAUAGAAGAGAUUGUGGCAGCAGAUCCAAUGAACUCACAUAAUAAGAAACCAUCAUCAUCGUUAUCAUCACCACCUUAUCUUCCUUCAAUGUCAUAUGCCAUAGUUUCAAAUGAUGGAGGUAUUUCAUUCGUAAAAUCACCUUCAUCAUCGAAAAUAGAAAACGCAUCAACCCUAGCAAAUAAAAGUUAUGGGAUUAAACGUUGGGUAUUAGGAAAAAUAGGAUUGAAUAAAAAUAUAAAAAGAGAAUAA